AACAUACUACCCCCCCUCCCCCCCCCGCCCUCUUUCUCUCUCUUUCUUCCGCCAUGGGCAACUGUUGCUCUCAAUGCAACACCGAGGAUGCCCCAAACGACGACAAUAAGGGUGACAACAACUAUGCCGCGGACAAAAACCCUACGGCUGCCAAUUCUGCCCCCAACCCCAGCCACGCUAAUCACCAUAAACCUUCCGCCUCCCCAACUCACCCAGGAAAGGCCGCCAAACCGGGCCCUAUUGGCCCCGUCCUAGGCCGCCCCAUGGAGGACGUCCACACCACGUACAGCAUUGGCAAGGAGCUGGGACGGGGCCAGUUCGGUGUUACCCACUUGUGCACGCACAAGGCCACGGGAGAGCAGUUCGCCUGCAAGACAAUCGCCAAGCGGAAGCUGGUGAACAAGGAAGAUAUUGAGGAUGUGAGGAGGGAGGUACAGAUCAUGCAUCAUUUGACGGGGCAGCCAAACAUUGUGGAACUCAAGGGAGCUUAUGAGGACAAGCAGUCGGUUCAUUUGGUCAUGGAGUUGUGCGCAGGAGGAGAGCUUUUCGACAGGAUCAUCUCAAAAGGACAUUACACGGAGCGCGCUGCCGCUGCCUUGUUGAGGACGAUUGUUCAGAUCGUGCACACGUGUCAUUCCAUGGGCGUUAUUCACAGAGAUCUCAAGCCUGAGAAUUUCCUUAUGCUCAAUAAAGAUGAAAACUCUCCGGUCAAGGUUACAGAUUUUGGUCUAUCCGUCUUUUACAAACAAGGAGAAGUAUUCAAGGAUAUUGUGGGGACUACAUAUUACAUUGCACCAGAAGUGUUGAAGAGGAGAUAUGGGCCAGAAGUCGAUAUUUGGAGUGUUGGUGUCAUGUUGUAUAUACUUCUCAGUGGUGUUCCUCCCUUCUGGGCAGAAUCCGAAUAUGGGAUCUUCAAUGCCAUCUCACGAGGCCACCUCAACUUUUCAAGCGACCCAUGGCCUUCAAUAUCAACUCAAGCGAAAGAUCUUGUAAGGAAGAUGUUGAAUUCAGACCCCAAACAGAGAUUGACAGCCUUCCAAGUUCUUAAUCAUCCAUGGAUUAAGGAGGAUGGCGAAGCACCUGACAUUCCUCUGGACAACGCUGUGCUCAGCAGGCUUAAACAAUUUAAAGCAAUGAACGAGUUCAAGAAAGUUGCGCUUCGGGUAAUUGCGGGUUGCUUAUCAGAGGAAGAAAUCAUAGGGCUAAAAGAGAUGUUCAAGGGCAUAGAUACAGAUAAUAGUGGAACAAUAACACUUGAAGAGCUGAAGCAAGGACUUGCUAAGCAAGGGACAAAGCUGUCUGAACUUGAAGCUCAACAAUUAAUGGAAGCAGCUGAUGCUGAUCGCAACGGAACCAUAGACUAUGAUGAGUUCAUCACAGCAACAAUGCACCUGAACCGGAUGGAUAGAGAAGAACAUCUCUACACUGCCUUCCAACACUUCGAUGCCGACAACAGCGGGUAUAUCACGACGGCAGAACUAGAGCAAGCCCUCCGCGAUUACGGCAUGCAUGAUGGAAGGGAUAUCAGAGAAAUCAUUGCUGAAAUUGACGCUGAUAAUGACGGUCGAAUUAAUUACAAUGAAUUUGUGGCAAUGAUGAGAAAAGGAAAUCCAGAAGCCAACCCGAAGAAGCGGCGUGACGAUGUAUUUGUUUAAUCAAUUUUUAACCUGGGAAAGUGGGGCCAUCACCGUUCGUAAUUUUCACACCAAUAAAUUAGUUUUUGGGGAGAGAAACUUGGGUGCUCAUGGAUGUUCAUCAUGUACAGCCUCUAUAAAAAGAGAAGAAAAUGGGAGGGAAUGGGAGAGGAGGUGGCUCAAGAAAACUCGAUGUGUGUUGGUUGCUGGCAGUGGCGGAGCCAGAAUUCUGAAUGAGGAGGGGCCUUUCACAAAUAUGUAUAUAUAUAUAUGUGUAUAUAUAUAUAUGUGUAUAUAUAUAUAUGUAUAUAUAUAUAUGAGUGUGUGUAAAAAGUUGAAUUCAUAACAUGUUGACAUAUGCAAUUUGUGUAAUCCUCACAAAACUGAAAAAAAAUUCUCUUAAAUUCAAUACUAAGAAGAAAAAAAAUGUAAAAACCCAAACAACCAAGUAAGAGGUAGGCUGUGGAAGGCUAAAGAAAAUACAAAGAAGUAGAAAAGAAGGAAAAGGGGGAGAAGUCUGUAAAUAAAGAAGGUGAGUUGUUUUAGAAAAUUAUAGGGUGUAUAUUACUGUUAGGUGAGAGAAUCGAACCAGAAAUGAAGUUGCUUUUUCCCUUUAAAAUUGCACAUCUCUUUUAAAACUCCCCUGCCAAACUUAUCGUUUCAUUAGACAGCCGAAAAGAUUUAAAAUCAAAACAGCUUAACGACGUCGUUUGCUUCAUCUUCUUCCAUGAGGUUCACACCUCAGAUGAAGUUAGGAUGGGCCAGGGACUACCCUAG